AUGUCAUCCUCCCCACACCCCAACCUCGACGCCCUCCAACGCGACGGCUUCGUCGUCAUCCGCAAUCUCCUCACACCCACCGAAAUCGCCCACUACCGCACCAUCGCCACAGCAGCAACCACUAAAACCCGCACCGGCGGCUGGCCACACUUCCGCACCGUCCCCAAACAAUUCCCCCCAUGGCCCACAACUCCACCCCCAGCGUCCGAGGGCGGCAUCUGGGGAGUCCAGCACCUGCUGCACCCCGAAAUGCCCGGCCGCGAGGACUUUGCCAAAUGCUACUUCUCCGAAUCGAUUCUCGCCGUCGCGGGUGAAUUAAUGGGCGUUUCCACUCAAGCAGGCCAAGACGAACCCCUCGUCAUGGAACUAUUCAAUCUCCUCGUCGCGCCGGAAACGAAGGAUUUCGAAUUACGCUGGCAUCGUGAUGAUAUCUCGGAAAAGGCGACUGCGGAGGAAGAACUCGCCCAACUAGCUGCUAAGUCACCGGGUGGACGCCAGAGCCACGCGCAAUAUAAUCUUGCGCUGUGUCCCGAUGCAUCGCUGAUUGUUAUCCCGGGCUCGCACCGUCGUGCGCGCACGGAUGUUGAGCGAAAUGCGGAUCCAUAUGAGUCUGUUUUGCCGGAUCAAUUGGUUGUGCAGUUGCAGCCGGGUGAUGCGGUGUUCUACGAUAGUAAUAUCUUGCAUCGGGGUGUUUAUAAGGGGAAGAAGGAGGGUGGGGAGGAGAGUCGAUUGACGUUGCAUGGAAGUUUGGGGUUGAAGGCUGCUGAUGCGGCGGAUGCGGAGACGAAGAAGGUAAGGGCUACGGCGGUUUUGCAGCAUGGUGUUGGGGCGUGGGUGCAUCGUGAGGAUGCGGCGUUUGGACUUGGAGAGAGACCGGAGAAGAUGAGGGCGAAUUUGGUGGCGAUGGGGAGUGGUGAGGGGGUUGGGUUUUCGUUGCAGGGGUAG